AUGUUGCAAGGCAAGGACAACAGCGACGAACCACCGAUCAAGAUGGAGAAAUUGGCGCAACCACGUCCACUAGGUGGUAUGGUAAUCCCGCCCGAGUCCAUGCUUCUCGACAGCAAAUGUGAUGGCGACGUUGGUGGCCUGUGCUCCACACCGUCAAUCAAGACGGAGACGGAGGAGUUGCCCAACUCGCAAAAGAAAGAAAAGCCAGAGGAACAUCAACCACAUCUACCGGUCCGACGUGGAGGCAAGGUUAUGCCACACGACCGGAUGAGCAGCGGCAGCCCAUACGCCGCACCCACCUCCGAUGCGGAGGCGGAGCUGCUCCACCGCAAAAAGGAGCCACCACGUCAGAACGAUGCCGAUGACGGCGGUGAUGACGAUGACGGCGGAGGUGACGAUGACGGCGGCGUUGACGAUGAUGAUGACGAAGACGACGAGAACGACGACGACGAUUUUGACGAAACUUCCAGCUCAAGCGACGCAUACAGCAGCAGUGACUCGGAAGAGGGAGAUAAGCCACGUGGUGGUAAAAGAAUUAAGCUGCAUUCAUUCAAAAGAAAAGCGCCGGCUGCAGAGCCUCUGCUGAACCAGGCAGACUCCUCUACGCCAGAUUGUGUGCCUGUAGACACGCCCACAAGCAUCGCUCAAAUGGCAGAAGAAACCGAGCGUGACCUUCAAGAAGAAGACGUGCAAAUAACAUAA